CGCUUUGACUGACCUAAGUCCAUUCAAGCAGCGAAUCUACACGCUAGACACGCAUGCCGUGGUUCAGUUCGUAUCCCGAGCGGUCCGUUCAGGACAUACGAGACGAAUAUGACUAUAUCAUUGUAGGGGGUGGCACGGCGGGGUGUGUACUCGCAAGUCGCCUCACCGAGGACGCCUCCGUCUCCGUUCUCCUCGUUGAGCGCGGGUCUCUCAAGGCGGGAUGGCUCAGCCGCAUCCCUCUCCUGUCCUCGCACUUUGCUUCGGAUGGCUCGAGCACCCGCAUAGUCACUUCCACGCCGCAGGAGCAUGUCAACGGACGGUCCUUCCCGAUCGCAGGUGGGAACUCUCUCGGCGGCGCGUCCAAAAUCAACGCGAUGCUCUACACGCGUGGUCUCCCCGGCGAAUACAACGCAUGGAGCCAGGCCGGACGCGAAGGCUGGAGCUACGGCGAGAUCCAGCCGUAUUUUAUCAAGUCAGAGACGGACCUGGAUCAAGAUCCGCAAGCUUCUCAAAGUAUUCAUGGCGUUGCUGGGCCAUGGAAGAAUAGGUCGUACGGCAAGGCCUAUUGGGGGCACACUGCACCCCUCACGAGCCUCCUCGACAGAAUUAUUGAGGCCUCGAAAGCUCUUGGCGUUCCGUAUGUUGAUGACCUCAACUCCCCGCUGCACCCCUCACACGGGUGUGCGAAGAUGCAUUUCAACAUAGAUGCUUCUGGACGGCGCUCGUCCGCACUGACAGGCUUCCUGCCUCCCGACCUCGUGACUCAGCGUCAGCGGCAUCUGCACGUUUGCACGAACACCGUGGUGCUUCGGAUUGACAUACAGCGUGGUGAAAAAGGUUUGAAGGCUGAGGGUGUUAACGAUCGGCUCAGUGGCGUCGGACCUGCCGAACACCUGAAAGAACAUGACAUUCCAGUCAUGAAAGACCUCCCUAAUGUCGGUUCGCACCUGCAAGAUCAUCUCGGCGUCGCCCUCCAGUACCGGGUUCCCUUGCAUGACUCAGUGGCUAGGCUUCAAGCACAGCCAUGGUCCAUUAUCAAGGAAUUCUUCCUCUGGCUGUUCUUUGGGAUGGGCCUGCUGCUCGGGCCUGUUCUCGAGUUGUCGGUCUUCGUCCAGACACGGCUCUUCGACUCCAAUUUCCGCACUGUGACACCCACGCCCACCGAUGAAGAUUCCUCGCUGCCCAUGAACCUUCCAGACAUCGAGAUUAUGCCGAUCGCCUGGAGCGACGCUGCAACAGCCAAGGCCAAACGUAACGGCGGUCUCGCCUUCCUCGUGGUCAUUCUGCGGCCAGAAUCUACCGGUACCGUCCGCCUCGCGUCCUCCGACCCGCGUGCGGACCCACUUGUCGACCCAGCCUAUCUCUCCUCCACGCACGACCGCGCCGUCCUGCGGCAGGGCUUACGCUUUGGCCUGCGACUCGGCGAGCAGACCGCUGCGCAGGGUUACCCCAUUGCGCCGCAUCUCAUCCCGCCAAGCGAGGGCGACGAGGAUAUGGACCGCUUCGUGCGGGACGAGGCGCAAACGACGUACCAUUACUCUUCAACGUGCCGCAUGGCCCCGGAAGUGGAGGGCUCAACCAUGGGUGGGGUAGUCGACGAUCGGCUACGCGUGCACGGUGUGCAGGGUUUACGUAUUGCAGACUCAAGCGUGUUCCCGCAUAUAUUGAGCACACAUUUGGCCGCGGCAACAGUGGCUGUUGCGGAGAAGUGCGCAGACAUGAUCAGGCAGGAUCACAGUUCCGAUGAGUAGAUUGGAGUAUUUCUGUAUAACGUUUGAGUGUAAACAUACUGUUUAUCUCGUCUC